AAAGCAGUGUCGUUUACACAAAACAGCCUUAAACUCGAUCAAAGCUUGUUCCUUUCCAAACUUAUUGCAUUAUGCAUACAUAUUUUCUAUAAAUAGAAAGUUGGGCCAACGAUCAGAAUCUUUAUUUAUUUCCCUUAUCCUUUGCAUAUUAUUACCAUCACCGACUUUAUCCAGCAUCUUGGCUCAUAUCGGUAUCUUUAUCUCUUCACGGAUCCCGAUAUUUCCCCAUAAUUUCGAUUUGCUUCUUAUAUUUACCCGCUACGUUAACUCUUUUUCUUUUUCAUUGUAUUAGUUUUGGCCUUUUGGCGAAUAUAUUUGGUUCUUCUGGGUUUUCUUUGGUUACCAAUCGGAAUUUUUGGAUUGCCAAAGGAAAACCCUUUUUAUUUUUCUGUUUAUUGGUUUGGUUAGAGUUGGCAAUGUGAGAUUAUAGUCAUUUUUAGAGGCUUUUUAUUUUUUGGGUAUCUGGGUUUUGCUUAGAUUCUUGUGGGAAAAAGGAAGACCGAGCUGAACCUUUGAUUCUUGUGUUGCUGGUGGGAAUUGGAGUUAUGGGUUUUCUUUGAUUUGUCUUCGUAGAUAUUAUUAAGACAAUUUGGUUCUUUGUUGGUAAUUAGAGUUGCUUGUUUUGUAGAUACUCGGAAAGUUGUUGAAAUUCAGGUCAAGAGGUUGGAAACUUUUACUUUUAUCCAUAUCUCAUGAUAUAAUAUGUUCAAACAGCUUUGCCUCGAAAAUUUUUUUUCUAUCAAUUGGCAUCUCUCUUUCUGCUGAUUUUAAUAGAUUUCAGGAAAGCUUUUGUCUUUUUCUCUUUCCUUUGAAUGUUAUACAGAAGAGGAUAGCUAAGGCUUUAAGCAUAGAUACAUUAGCAGCUGGUGAAAUUAGGCUUAUUGGAUCAGUUUUUCAUUGAUCUAGUGAUAUCAAAUUGAAGUUUGUGAACAAAUCCAUUAGGACCACUUCCUCUUUUUCUUUGUUCUUUCUUGCAAAAGGAAGGGAAUACGGUCUAUAUUCAUUUUUUCCAUCUUAGUUCUUCAUUCAAUUUCUGAAAAUUUGUUGCCCAACGGACUACCUAAAUCUUCCUAGUUCAACUUUCUCUGUUUCUGUAUUUGUCUGUCAAGCAACUUGGCUGAUAACAUAGCUAGCCAUCCCCGCACAGAAAUUUUCAUUGUAAACUAGAUAUGGAUAUAAGUAACGAGGCCAGUGUUGAUUCAUUUUCGAUUGGUCCUUCAACAAUCAUCGGUCGGACCAUUGCUUUUAGGAUCCUGUUCUGUAAGUCACUGUCACAUUUGAGGCAUCAAAUCUUUCAUGUGUUGUUGCAUUUCAUCUAUAGAUGUAAGGACUUCUUAGCACCAUUGGUAUCAUGGUUGCAUCCCCGAAACCCACAAGGGAUAUUGGCUAUGGUGACAAUUAUUGCUUUUUUGUUGAAACGAUACACAAAUGUAAAAUUGAGGGCUGAGAUGGCUUAUAGAAGGAAAUUUUGGAGAAAUAUGAUGAGAACUGCAUUGACAUAUGAAGAGUGGGCUCAUGCUGCUAAGAUGCUUGAUAAAGAGACCCCGAAGAUGAAUGAAUCAGAUCUUUAUGAUGAGGAACUUGUGAGAAACAAGCUUCAGGAGCUCCGGCACCGUCGCCAAGAUGGAUCUCUUAGAGAUAUAAUCUUUUGCAUGAGAGCUGAUCUUAUCAGAAAUCUUGGUAAUAUGUGUAAUCCUGAACUUCAUAAAGGUAGGCUUUACGUGCCUAAACUCAUCAAGGAAUACAUUGAUGAGGUUUCGACUCAGUUGAGAAUGGUUUGUGACUCUGAUUCGGAGGAGCUCUCACUGGAAGAGAAGCUUUCUUUUAUGCAUGAAACAAGGCAUGCGUUUGGUAGAACUGCUUUGCUUUUAAGUGGGGGUGCUUCCCUUGGAGCAUUUCAUAUUGGUGUAGUUAAAACACUGGUAGAACAUAAGCUUUUGCCCAGGAUAAUUGCUGGUUCUAGUGUAGGAUCCAUUAUGUGUUCGGUUGUUGCCACUAAAUCGUGGCCUGAGCUGCAAAGUUUCUUUGACUACUCUUGGAGCUCAUUUAAAUUUUUUGAUCAGCUGGGUGGAAUUUUUUCAGUUGUUAGGAGGGUCAUGAGACAAGGGGCUGUUCAUGAGAUCAGGCAGUUACAAUGGAUGUUAAGGCACCUCACCAGUAAUCUUACAUUUCAAGAAGCAUAUGAUAUGACUGGCCGAAUUCUUGGGAUAACAGUUUGUUCUCCAAGGAAGCAUGAGCCACCUAGAUGCCUUAAUUACUUGACUUCACCUCAUGUUGUCAUAUGGAGUGCAGUAACUGCGUCUUGUGCCUUCCCUGGCCUUUUUGAAGCCCAGGAGCUAAUGGCUAAAGAUAGGAGCGGAGAAAUUGUUCCUUACCAUCCACCCUUUAAUUUGGAUCCUGAGGAGGGCUCUGGCACAUCAGCACGUCGGUGGAGGGAUGGCAGCUUGGAGGUUGAUUUGCCUAUGAUGCAACUGAAGGAGCUGUUUAAUGUAAAUCAUUUCAUUGUGAGUCAGGCGAAUCCUCACAUUGCACCAUUGUUGAGGUUGAAGGAGUUUGUGAGAGCCUUUGGUGGUGACUUCGCUGCCAAGCUUGCUCAACUCACUGAGCUGGAAGUAAAACAUAGAUGUCAUCAGAUACUUGAACUGGGCUUUCCUUUGGGGGGACUUGCCAAGUUAUUUGCUCAAGAUUGGGAGGGUGAUGUUACUGUUGUUAUGCCAGCCACGCUUGCUCAGUACUCAAAAAUUAUACAGAACCCAUCUCAUCUGGAGCUUCAAAAAGCAACCAACCAAGGGAGAAGAUGCACUUGGGAGAAGCUUUCUGCUAUAAAAGCAAACUGUGGCAUUGAGCUUGCCCUUGAUGAGUGUGUUGCAAUUCUUAAUCACAUGCGUAGGCUUAAAAGGAGUGCUGACAGAGCUGCUGCUUCAUCUCAUGGCCUAACCAGCACAGUCAGAUUCAAUGCUUCAAAAAGAAUUCCUUCUUGGAAUUGCAUUGCACGAGAAAACUCAACAGGCUCCCUUGAAGAAGAUCUUACAGAAGUUAAUUCAUCUUUGCAUCAAGGAGUAGGUGGUUCCACAGGAAUACCACCUUCUAGUAGAAAUUUGCGAGCCCAUCGUAGUACGCAUGAUGGAAGUGAUAGUGAGUCUGAAAGUGUAGACUUGAAUUCUUGGACAAGGUCUGGUGGUCCGUUGAUGAGGACUACUUCUGCAAAUUUGUUCAUCGAUUUUGUCCAAAAUCUAGAUGUUGAUGCUGAAGUGAAUAAAGGUCUGAUGGCUCAUCCUGGUUCUCCUGGAUUUCAGAUGGGAGGUAGGGAUCCUUUUGGUCACAGCUCUAGGGUGAUGACACCAGAUAGAGGUUCAGAAUAUGAGUUUGAUCAGAGGGAUUUGGGGAACAGAACCCCUGUUAAUGGUUCUAGCAUUAUGGUGACUGAAGGUGAUCUCCUGCAGCCUGAAAGGAUCCUUAAUGGGUUUGUGCUCAAUGUUGUGAAGAAAGAAGACUUGACACUUCCACAUAGAAUCCUUGGUUCAGAAAAUCACAGUGCUGGAGUAGCUGAAUGUGUGCAGCUUGAUUGUCCAGAGAAGGAAAUGGAUGCUAGCUCGGCAUCUGAAUAUGGUGAUGAUGAUACCAGUGAAGUGAACUGCCUGAACGAAACAAUUCCUAUUGUUAAUGCCUCUGACGAUUUUAGUGCCCAUGAUGAUGAUCGGGGUGUUGUGGAUGGUUGAUUUUAAGGAAUUAAUAUUAAUUCUGUGAUUCUUUACCGAACAAGUUGGCUGAGUCCUUUCUGAGGUAACAAGUUGGCCGAGUUGAUUCCUAGCUUUUUGUCAAGCUGAAGGUUUGCUAAUGUGGCAGAGUCUGGAAUCCUGACUUCAACAAGGUAUUACUACUAGUAACCAGUUUUUAGCAGUUGGCAACUUGUAUUUGUGUCAUCAAGUUUUUUGGCAGGAAAUUUUACUAUGAUUUGCAUUUACUUUUGGUUGACACUGUAAAGAUUGUCCUUGUAUCAACAUGCAGUAGCUGCAAUAGUCAGACUUAAAGAUAGUCCUUAUCUUUGGCCAAUGUUUAACCGGGCUGAAAUAAUAUGUUUAGGAUUGGACAAGUGACCGGUUUCAAUUCAAUCAGUUGAGCUGACUGCCUGGUGUUUUUUGGGUGCACAUUAGCAUCACUUGCUUCAAUUUGUUCAGCUAUAAAACAAAGAGUUGCUAGAAGAUUCAGUUACUAUAAAGGUGAGAGGCAACCAUUGAUAGAUUUCUUAUAGAUAAAGGAGGGCGCCAAGCACAUGAACACACGCACAACAUAACUCAUAACUCACUCAACAUCAUGAAGCUUAGUUUCAAGCCCUUUUGCUUUUCCUUUUUUGCCUAGUUCAGUAGCUGUUCGUGAGAAAUUCAAAUGUGUCUGUAAUACACAUUUUGUUAUUUGUUGUAUUUGUAAGCUCAUUGAGCAUUUGUUCACUAAGCCAAUCAAAACAUAGCACAUUGACUCUCAAAA